CGGACCGUGAGCUACGUAGUUGAUCCGGUAACGUGGGAAGUUGUGAUACUUCAUAGAAGUCUGUUUUUGACUGUCCUCCGGAGACAUCAGCUAGGUGGUUCUCGAGGCAGUGACUAGGGAGAGCGAGGGACAGGCGUAAAGUAACAGACCAGGACAAGGGUGGCGUCAAGUUUGUUUACUUCUUUCUCGGGCUUCUGAAGAACCCUAAUUGGUAUCUCCUUCGGACUGGAGAAAGCAUCGGCAACAGACGCAGCGCGUUCAUCCGAGAUCGAGCGCAUUGGAAAUCCCAAAGACUCAUCAGAACUAUGCUGGCCCGCCUGGUUUUCCGAAGACGUCCUGGGUUGCGUAGGGAGCCUGUCGAUGUAAGUGCUGCUUUCGGUACAAACAUUGUCGCAAUCAAUCGAGGAUUUGCGAAGGACGGAGCGGGCUGUCACGGGGUACAACGGGUGGGAAUGGUUGCCUCCUGGGCCCAUGACUUCCCAUACAUUACCGAAAGAUUUCUCAAUGAGAUGGAUACGAUUCUAGGGUUUGGGCUAUCUCGUCUCAUCUCGGAAGGGCCCAAUUCGGAACUGAACAAGACUGAAAAUUCACAGCCCGCUAUAAUGGCGACGUCGAUCUUGAUCCUGCGAAUCUUGGAGGAAGGGUUUGAUUUCGACAUCAAAUCACGUGUGGACGUUACGCUUGGGCAUAGCCUAGGAGAGUUUUCGGCUCUGGUGGCCGGCGGCUACCUUAGCUUUAGCGAUGCUCUGAAAAUCGUGCGACGACGGGCUGAAAUCAUGGCCCAGUGCACUCGCCAUGCCACUGAACAGUCUGGUGAAACCUAUGGUAUGGUAGCGUUAAUCUGCGAACCGGAACAUCUUGACGAAUUGCUCUCAGCUAUUCAUGAAUUCCUUGGUCUUUCAUCGCCUGGCUUGAAAGACGACUCGAGCUCCCAAAUGCCGCCCAUUGAACACGUGAUGAUUGCAAAUAUUAACUCCAGAAACCAAAUAGUGCUCAGUGGCAGCCUGGACAGGAUAAGAACCCUUCUCAUUCAGCUUCGCCAAUUCGGCGGCCAUGAUCCUCGUGCUGUGAGGCUGAACAGUGAAAGCCCUUUCCACAGCCUUAUCAUGGCACCCGCUGCCGAGUACAUGAGGAGUGCCCUGGAUGAUAUCACAAUAAACUUUCCAGCGUACAUGCCCUGUGUAUCAAACGUUUCCGGUCGUCCUUUUGCCUCUAGAGAGCAGCUCAAACUAUUGCUGUCAAAACAAUGCGUUCAGACGGUGAGAUGGUGGGAAAGUAUUAGGUUUUUAGAUCAGGAGGAAGGAGUCAAGCGAUGGCUUGGCUUAGGUCCCGGCAAGGUCGGCAGGAACUUGGUAGGCAAAGGUGUCGGCAGGGUUGCCACACAGGGUGGUGGUGUUUGGGCUAUUUGUGAUCCCCGCGAGCUUGAGAGGGUAAUGACUGCUCUGGAGCAAACAGAAGCUGACCUUUCGGGCCACUGAAAAUGUCCGAGCAGGCCUUCAGCUAUCUCUACUUUUACGCUUAGGCUUAUUGAUGUACUUUAGCAGUCUUUUCAUUUAAUUUUUAUUUAUUUGUUUUUUG